AUGAAGAUCUUGGUCACAAACCUCCAGAUGUGGCCCUACUGUUUCAUAAAGGCUCUUCUCAUAGUAUUUGUUGCCUUGAAUCCAGCAGCUGUCACAGCACAGAGUGACACAGAUGCCAAUGGAGAAGAUAUCUAUCCCCCACUGUGGGAACUCGCCCCUGAAAACCUUCUGGAUUUCCCAGUUAAGGACAACAAAAUUGUCAUCAAUCCUUGGAACUAUCGAGAACGACUGGGAGUGUAUAAGAGCAUGCUAAAGGCUUCAGCCAAAUAUUUUAUGGCCUUUGGAUCCCAAAAUUCUGGCAACAUUCUUUGGGGAUUACCACUGCAGCAUGGGUGGCAAUUUCGUACAGGCAGAUUAGCAGAUCCUACCAAUGGGACUUCCUGUGGCCACAGAAACCUGUGUAUAUCUGUAAGAAGUUGGUGGUCCUGUAUGAAUUACUACCUGGCUGUCAUACCCUUUUUGGGUGCAGUGGAAGCUGGCCUCUUUGGAGAGGUGAAGUAUGAGGUAGAAAUGCUGCCGCCAGAGGACCGAAGAGAUGAUUUCUGUUAUAGUGUUGCUGACUGCCAUUCUCGCAUUCCCAAGCUCUUAGAUGAGUGGAAGGCUUACUUUGAAUAUCUACAGUCUGCAGAGCAAAAAACCAUGAACUCAGUGAAGUCCUCCUCCUUUGUGCUGGAUGAUGCUCUCCACCACACGUGGAAGGCGCACGUUGCCUCCAUUGCUUACGCGCUGCCCAAAUUCCAGGACAGUUUAAAAUAUCUUGCUGUUCCAGAAGCAAAUUUUGGCGAAGACUGGGCUAAUGGUGUAGAUUUCAUUGCAGCCACACAUUUCUCUACAGAUUUGCACACCACAAACCACUUCCAGGCUUUCCUGCCCCAGAGGAUGCUUGUUGAAGGGGAUGUCCUCCCAUCCAUCAGUGGCUUCAGUUCACAGCAAAACAGAGUUCUUGUAUCACUGAGAGCUCUUAACAGAGCAAAUCAAUUAACAGGAGGACUGUUGCUGAAGCUCUGGCAAAAGGCAAUGUCUACUGAAGCAGCAAGGAAAAUUGGCCGAAAACUGAUUGAGGACUUGGCUUCCAGUCCAAGUUUUGACCCAUGGGAAUAUACAGUAAUUUGGAAGGAGCUGAUUUCACAGCAUCCUCUUUCCUGA